AGUAGCACAGAUCACGAUGAACGCGGCAACGACCUUGCUCGUUCUGCUUGCUUACCUGACGGGGACGGAAGCUGCAAAACCGGAACGGAUGCUUAUUAUGCUGACCAACGCGGAAGUUACGGCCACCACGCGCUACUUGAACGCAUCCGUCGCGCUGACCCGAUACCCAAAAGCGCCCUUUUCUACGUUUGACUUGGUCGUUAAUUUCCUCGAGAAGCUCAACACACUAACGCUUCAGUCGCGCUACUCCGUCCGCACGGGAAUGAUGGAGAACGUACUGUACGAAAGUACGAUUGACCUUUGUGCAUUUCUGCACCGCCCGAACGAGCGCUUCGUGAAGAUGGUUUUUGAUAGCCUCAAGCGGCACGGCCGAGUGCUUACCAGCUGUCCAGUGCAACCUUUGCAGCUCCAUUUCCGCAAUACCACCCUUAACCACGUGCGGCUCCCGGUGUAUCUGCCCCAAACGAACUUUAAGCUGGCGGUGAAGUGCUGGACAGGACCGGAGAAAACACUGAUCUUUGACAGCCGAUGGUACGGUCGACUGAAAAGAGUACCAAUUGACGAUUAAACAAGAUCCAGCAGGCUAUGGUCUUUAUGUCCGAUGCAUUUCAAUCACAAGCAAACGUGAUUGAGAGUGCAGGUAGCGGACACCGGGGUGUAACAUCUUUAAACAUUCGCUCUUAAAUGUCACACGGGGUUUCAAAUUAAACACACGCAAUGCGCAAUCGGAAUAAAACUGUCACUUCGUUUAACGUUACUGUCUAGACUAA